CCUGGGUCCUAUGGCUUUCUGGCUUCGGGAAUGUCCGAGGGAAGCCUGCUUUCCACUUAGCUAUAUUUAAAAAAAAAUCUAGUUCUCACCGCUCGCCCACUCUCACGGCCCCAAACGCCCCUGUUUGUCGACGCUUCUUCGCGGUCUCAUUCCUCUAUGCUCUAGAAUCAGAGAGAGGAGGGCAAGCCUUGCUCUCUGCUCCCCCGGCUCACAGUACUUGCUGUCAGGCAACACCGCGGACACCUCUGCUCCACGGUGAUUGGCCAGCUGCGGGGUCCUCGCGUUCGUCCAAUAUGGCGGCGCCCAGUGGCAGUGUGAACUGUGAAGAGUUCGCCGAGUUCCAGGAAUUACUCAAGGUGAUGAGGACAAUUGAUGACAGGAUAGUACAUGAAUUAAACACUACGUUCCAACAGCUUCCUUUUGCAGGAAAAAUCGAUGCCAGCCAAACCUGUAAACAACUAUAUGAGUCUUUGAUGGCAGCUCAUGUCAGUAGGGACAGAGUUAUAAAGAACUGUAUAGCCCAGACCUCAGCAGUAGUAAAACGUCUCCGAGAAGAGAGAGAAAAGAACCUGGAUGACUUAACGUUAUUAAAACAACUUAGAAAAGAACAGACAAAGUUGAAAUGGAUGCAGUCAGAACUAAAUGUUGAAGAAGUGGUAAAUGACAGGAGCUGGAAGGUGUUUAAUGAACGCUGCCGAAUUCACUUCAAGCCUCCAAAGAAUGAAUAGAGAGAGAGUUUUUUUUAAAAAAGACCCGGUCAUCUCGUCGCCUGAGCAUGACAGAUGUCAGCAGGCCAGCUUCUGAGGGUGGUCUCUGAGCCAGCAGGUCAAGGCCUUUGGUUGGUUCAGCCCCAUCCAGCCAAGACCGCAAGUCUAAUUCUCAGAAUUAUAAAAUAAUCAAUUGCUAUUUUAUACUGAUUCUGUAAAAAAUGUUUUGUAACUAUUAAAAUAAUUUUCCGAC